AUGGCUGUCCUCCAUGUGGCUGCCCAAUUCAGCAUCGUCCUAAUCACAUGUCGAUGUUUACUUUCCCACGCAGUUGGCUGUAUUAUUUUGUGUAGGACUCCCCUCCUAGCUUGGCGCCGCGCCAGAGCUGACAUCAACCACUUCCGAGUCUGGCACGAGCCAGUAGCCACCCUUACUCUUAGGUCACUAGCUAAUCUCAUGCCCGCCGAUCUGCAGGCAUCACGGCCAUCCCAGGUUAUUGGUCUCGAAGGUCGCUCGAACUGCUCUACGUUCCACCGUUCUGGCUCCUUCCGGCAGCACCGUGGAAACUCGGUUCAUGAUGCCCCCGUGAUGCGCAGUCCGCCAGCACCCUUUUCCCGCCCGUCCGUCACGGUGCGCACGAGGAAAAAUGGCCCUUAUUCGGCUCAUGCCUUCUUCCUGACAAUCAUCGCGAUCAGCCUCCUCGUGGUGCUGAGUUGGGGGACUCGGGGGUCCGGGGAGCUACGGUCCCUUCAUCCGUCUCUGGGCAAGAGAGCAGUGAUACCGGACGGCAGGACGGGACCCGUCUCAGAAUCGACCAGAGCCCCAGCAGAGGAAUUAGAGUGUCGCCUCGUUCGUCAUGCUGAAGAUCAAUGUGCCUUCGUGCGCUCCAACUGCCCCGACGAAGAAGGCCUGUUCUCCUACCUCCAGUUCUAUUAUUGCACGCUCCGCCAUGUUCAACCCCUCGCAUUUAUUAUCCUCGUCCUGUGGCUUUCGCUGCUUUUCAGCACCAUCGGCAUUGCCGCCAGUGACUUUCUCUGUAUCAAUCUGAGCACGAUCGCCAGCAUCCUGGGCAUGAGCGAAAGCUUGACCGGUGUGACGUUUCUCGCCUUUGGGAAUGGCAGUCCCGAUGUCUUCUCGACCUUUGCAGCCAUGAGCUCCAAUAGUGGCAGCUUGGCCGUUGGUGAGCUUAUUGGCGCUGCUUGUUUCAUUACUGCCGUCGUCGCCGGCUCGAUGGCCCUGGUUCGACCCUUCCGGGUGGCUCGACGAAGUUUCGUCCGUGACGUCGGUUAUUUCAUCAUCGCCGCGGGUUUUAGCAUGAUCGCUUUGGCGGACGGUGAGCUCCAUGUCUGGGAGUCCACGACAAUGAUCGGGCUCUACCUUUUCUACGUCCUGAUGGUCGUGCUGUGGCACUGGUAUCUCACUCGACAGCGCCGACGAUAUGAACGAGACUUGGCUGCGCGGGCCCAUUUCCACAUUCCAGAGAGGGAGGAGUUGGAUCUGCAAGAGCGUGCUCCGGAUGACGAUCCCAUCGCGGGCGAGACCAGGACCCCGCUCCACGGUUCAUCGACGGCCGAUUUCGAGGCCCUCGAGCGGACGGUCUGGCCGGCCUGGAAGGACGAUGAAGAUGACGAAACUCACAAUCGAUAUCUCGCAGAGAUUCGGGAGAAUAUGCACGUCAGCCGACCCACGCCGACCCGACGACGCCCAACGGUCAAUGCGAUCCGCCCCAGUCUAGUCGGUGCUCUUGAGUUUCAGUCGGUGCUCUCAUCUCUCAGACGGUCGAGGAACCUGCUGAAUGAUCGCAUCGAUCUUCAGCGCUACACCGAUGAUCCGCACCAAGCACCGUCACGGCAUGUGGACAAUCUUUCCGUUCUUUCACACCCUCCAGAGAACACUGGAGCUGGGCAAGAAGAGGGUCGGAUCAACCGUCAUCGAUCGGUGUCGAUGAAUGACGCACCACCGCUGCGUCUUGAUACAAGCGUUGUCGAUAAGAAAGGCUCACCUUCGCGCAACAUCGCGUCGUACACUGAUCCCGGGGAGACCUCGAAAACCCCCGACGCAGGGGCCAGUCCUCAAGCUGAGUUUCUGCGCAUCGAUUCAUCAGCAAUGCUGACAGCUUCUCCAACCUCCUCUGGAUUCCCGUCGCGUAGUCAGAGUCCGGUUCCUGCCGGCCGGACGCAGACUCAGUCCUCUGACCAUCUCACAGUACCGAACGAUCUCUUUCGUACUCCGAAUUACCAGGCAAGCCCCCGUCGCCUAGGAGUUUCUCCCGGCGGUGUUUCUCCGUUGUCGACCGCUCAGGUCCCUCAAAUCUCUAUCAGCUCUGAGCCCGAGGCCAGCGAAAGUCCAUCAGUUCCCUUCCCGCCCUUCUCAGACACCUCUCCUUCGCCGUCCUCCAGGGAACUCAGCAUCCAUCUUCCUCCUACAUCCGUCUCCUCCUCGGAGCUGUUGGAGGCGGAUGAUCAUUUUAUCGAGGACAUGGACCGUGCAACCAAACGAUGGAGAUGGUGGCCUUAUUGGUUCCUCCCUCCGCCCUGGCUCUUGAUGUCAACCCUGUUCCCCACUUUGUACGAUUGGCAGGCGAAGAAUGUGUGGGAGAAGCUGUUGGGGUUCGUUGCAGCCCCGAGUGUAUUCCUCCUGACAAUCACGAUUCCAGUGGUCGAUCCCAAACGGAGUGACUCGGAAUCGGAUUCAGACUUCUCCCAGCAGUCCACAGCGAAUGAUGAGAACGAGCGGAGGCCUUUGGUCCGACUGCCGGAUGACUCUCCUCUUCUCCGACCCCAGAGCAGCGAGUUCAGCGAGGCCCAGCGAAAUCAAGCGCGUGGCUCUAAGAAAGGAAACCACGCUCACCCAUCGACGAUGCGACCACGGUUUGACUCUGAGACGCCCGUCAGGCAACCUCAAUCCUCAGCUGACGCCUCUACCCCGCCGGCGAGGGAAUGGCAUCGCUGGCUUGUCUCAAUCCAGUUGUUCACCGCUCCUCUCUUCAUCAUCCUUGUGGGAUGGUUGAACUUAGACCCAGACAGGGUUCCUCGGAAACUUCUCCUGCCCAUCCUAUCCUGUCUCCCGGUUUCCCUGAUCUGUGCGACGCUGCUGAACUUGCUUUUGAGAGGGCGGGCUUACCCCCAACCGCCGAACCAACUGCGUCCUUUCCUUGCCUUCCUCGGCUUUGUCGUUGGUAUCUGCUGGAUUGCGACCAUCGCAAACGAAGUGGUCAGUCUCCUGAAGACUCUGGGAGUCAUCCUCGACAUCAGCGACUCGCUUCUGGGACUCACCGUGUUUGCCGUGGGGAACUCAUUGGGUGACUUGGUGGCCGAUAUCACCGUGGCUCGUUUAGGAUAUCCCGUCAUGGCUCUUAGCGCAUGUUUUGGCGGGCCGAUGCUGAAUAUCCUCCUAGGCAUAGGCGUAGGCGGUCUAUAUAUGACUCUACACCCAAAGCCUUACAUAUCCACCACCGCGGUUCCGAUCCACGCGGUUGUGACCGAUCCAUACGAGAUCACCAUCUCGAAAAGCCUCUUUAUCAGCGGGGUGACCCUGCUAGUUACCCUUGUGGGACUCCUCAUCAUCGUCCCACUGAACCAUUGGAGGAUGGAUCGCAAAAUAGGCUGCGGUCUCGUCGCACUUUGGAGUAUAAGUACCUUGGCUAACGUGAUAACGGAAAUUGCCGCUUAA